AUGACAUUAAAGUCAAGGCAAAGUAUCACACACAGCACUAUCAAAAAUGGCCCAGAGAUGGGUGACUCAAGUUUAGCACUUGAAAUUAAAGCUAACCAAAUUCACAAGCCUCUCUUCUCAUUUGUUGCAAAAUCAAUCAAGCCAGCCAAAUCUAAAAAAGAUCUAUCACUCAAUGAUUCUUUCUCCAAAACUUCUCAAUUAUAUAGCAAAAUUUCAUCAUCAACCCAUGAUCUUGAACCGAAAUAUUUUCGCUUGCUUGAUCUUUCGCAAUCUUAUAAUAGUCGCGACGAAGCUGAGGGCAUUCUUGAUGAACCCUCUUUAAGCCAAACUGGCAUAAAGCAGCACAGAAUAAUGCAGCAAUAUGUUGAACUUUUUCGAGCUCACAUAAAAAGCAACUUGAAUAUCUCGGUUUCUAAUAAAAUCCGAUAUUCAAGCAAAGAAAAAUAUAUAAAAGAGCUUCGAAAACUUGAAAAAAAUACGGGAAGCUUAUUAAAUCAAUCAAUGAUUGAUUUUCAAGGGAAAGAAAGAAGGCGUGCAAGUAAAUCAAUGAUUGCUCAGUCUAGACAAUCAAUCAAUGAGUCCAGGCUGAAAGCACAAGCUCCAUCUAAAAAUUUCUUAAAUCCUAUAUACUUCUCUGAUGAUCAAUCAACCAAUUCCAGCCAAAAAUCAUUAAUUCCUCCAGUACGAAGGCCAAAUCGAGACUUGUCUCUUUGCUCUUGGGCAACUGAUCAUAGUGAAUCUCGACCUAAAUUUCCUAAUAUUCAUGUAUCAAAUAAUCAUUUGUGCCCUUAA